AGCGAGUGAAGUGUGUGCGGGGGGAGUCCGCAUCAGUCUGCCUCGGUCCCGCAGACCUCGCGGAGGGAGACCGGCUCAGUGACCCAGGUCGAGGUUUUUAUUAACUUUUGGAGUCUGGAGCAGUUUUUGGGAGACACUGAGAGGUUUCUCUGUACGAGCCUGAAGUACUGAGGGAUCCAACAACUGUUGAUCGGUGGAUCUGAUUUAAUCCUCCGUACUACAGAAGUAUGAAGUCCACCAUCUGUGGAAUAAUGCUGCACUAAAGGGUUCUUACACAGUUCUUAAAAGAGAGCAGCUGGACCUUCAGGACUGUUUCAUUCUGGGCUGCAGGAGGUUUUAGAAAGCCUCCCCUACUUCGUGGACUUUGCUGUGGGGGUCUGUAUCGUCCAUCAUGGUGGCGGGGAGAAGCUGGCGGUGGGUUUGGAUAACGGGCUGCAGUCUGUUCCUCUUCCAGUCAGGAGCCUCUCAGUACGAGAAGGGGAUUUCGGUCCCGGAUCAUGGGUUCUGCCAGUCCAUCUCCAUCCCGCUCUGUACGGACAUCGCCUACAACCAGACCAUCAUGCCCAACCUGCUGGGCCACACCAACCAGGAGGACGCCGGGCUCGAGGUGCACCAGUUUUACCCGCUGGUCAAAGUCCAGUGCUCCGUGGACCUGAAGUUCUUCCUGUGUUCCAUGUACGCGCCGGUCUGCACGGUUCUGGAGCAGGCCAUCCCGCCCUGCCGGUCGCUGUGCGAGCGGGCGCGGCAGGGCUGCGAGGCGCUCAUGAAUAAGUUCGGCUUUCAGUGGCCGGAGAGGCUGCGCUGUGAGAACUUUCCGGUCCACGGCGGUGAGGAGAUCUGCGUGGGUCAGAACACCACCGACGCAGACGGCCCCACGUCCGACCCGAUCCCCAUCCUCCCCGAGCUGGUCACCCUGCCGCCGUACAUCCGCCACAACCAGCCCUUCUCCUGCCCACUGCAGCUCCAGGUGCCCCCCUACCUCAACUACCACUUCCUGGGGGCGAAGGACUGCGGCGCCCCCUGCGAGGUCUCCAAACCCAACGGACUGAUGUAUUUCCGCGAGGAGGAGUUGAAGUUUGGCCGACUCUGGGUCGGGAUCUGGUCGGUCCUGUGCGGCGUCAGCACCCUCUUCACUGUGCUCACAUACCUGGUGGACAUGAGGCGGUUUCGAUACCCGGAGAGACCCAUUAUCUUCCUGUCGGGGUGCUACUUUAUGGUGGCGGUGGCGUACGGCGCCGGCUUCCUGCUGGAGGACAGAGUCGUGUGCGUGGACAUGUUCAACCCAGAGGGCUACAAGAUGGUGGCCCAGGGCACCAAGAAAGAGGGCUGCACCAUUCUCUUCAUGAUCCUCUACUUCUUCGGCAUGGCGAGCUCCAUCUGGUGGGUGAUCCUGUCCCUCACCUGGUUCCUGUCCGCCGGGAUGAAGUGGGGCCACGAGGCCAUCGAGGCCAACUCGCAGUACUUCCACCUGGCUGCGUGGGCGGUGCCGGCAGUUAAGACCAUCACCAUCCUGGCUAUGGGUCAGGUGGACGGCGACCUGCUCACCGGCGUCUGCUACGUGGGGAUCUACAACGUGAACGCCCUGCGAGGCUUUGUCCUGGCGCCGCUGUUCGUCUACCUCUUCAUCGGCACUUCCUUCCUGCUGGCGGGCUUCGUGUCGCUCUUCCGCAUCCGCACCAUCAUGAAGCACGACGGCACCAAGACGGAGAAGCUGGAGAGGCUGAUGGUGCGGAUCGGCGUGUUCAGCGUGCUGUACACGGUUCCCGCCACCAUCGUCAUCGCCUGCCACUUCUACGAGCAGGCGUUCCGGCCGCAGUGGGAGAGGACGUGGCACAGGCAGACCUGCAAACGCUUCGCCGUGCCGUGCCCGGCUGGGAACUUCGCAUCACUGACGCCUGACUUCACCGUGUUCAUGAUCAAGUACCUGAUGACCAUGAUUGUCGGGAUCACGUCCGGAUUCUGGAUCUGGUCUGGGAAGACGCUGCAGUCGUGGCGGCAGUUUUACAAAAGACUGAGCGGCGGCGAGCAGGGUGAGACGGCGGUGUGACAACCACGAUCGCCGCUCAGAGACAAUAUGAACGCCAACCAGCUGCAGUCGCUGCGAGCUUUCCACUCGUCGCUCUUUUAAUUCUUUAUUCUGCUUCACCGAUGGAAGUUUCUCUUCAACGGGUCUGUAAACGUCUCCUGCUUCCUUUAGUUUAAUAAGCAAAUAAUAAUCAUAAUAAUAAAUCUAAUUAAAAGAAGUAAUUUAAUCCUCAUUCACAUUAAUUCAACCCAACUCAUAAUAAUGAAUGUGCAGUAUUUUAAUUAUAAACACUGGUAAAUUAAAUAAUUAACGUUUGUAUGAAGAUGAAUUUAAGUUAUUCAGAUAAAUUCUAUGAACAUAGUUUAAUUUUUUUUAGUUUGGAGAAAGCUUCAUAUGAGAGUAAAAUUCUGACUAGUUUUAAGUUUAAUUAACUUUAAUUUGAUGAGUUACUUGAACUCAAAUCAAUCAUGUUUGUUCCUGCUGGGAUGGAGGACCAUAAAGUUAUUAUAACCCACUGCUAACAGGAGCUAACAGCUAACUGAACACUGUUAAUGGACUACAAACAACGGCUGCUAGCACAAAGCUAAAUCAAUCAGUGGGUUAUAAUGUUAACGAUCACAGACCUGUCGGAUCAAUAACUUCCAGUCGGUUUGAUCAGGAAUGUGUUUCUAUGUAAAUACACUCUUUAAAGCAGCGUGUGUCUCUUUUUGUACUUGUAGUUUUUCAGAAUAAAAUGUAAAAAGUUGUUUAAA